AUGGCGCAGUCAUAUCAUCAAUCACAGCCCGGUUUGGCCGGCUUUUUAGAUUCAAUGCAGCAGGACUCAGGCAUGUCCGCGUAUUCGCUCUUUGGGCCCACGCAGUAUCCCGACAGCGUUGCGUUUUGGCAUGAUCCCGCCGCCGCUCCGGCGAUGGCCGUACCCGCUCCGCCAUACCCGCCCAAGCAACCGACCUUGCUCCAACCCAUCCCGGAUCAAAAGAAACACAAACGCACCCGAAGCGGCUGCUUCACGUGUCGUGCUCGUCGUAUCAAAUGCGAUGAAUCUCGUCCCCUUUGUGAGCGUUGCAGAAAAGGUAGUCGAGAAUGUGUCUAUCCGUCCCCGGCGGCAUCACCCGCCUCCAAGGUCGGAGGGAGGGCCAUGGGGAAAUCGCGUGGUUCUCGCCCGCCUUCACAAGGAAGUGAUUCUUCUGGAAAGCCAGAUCCUGAACUAGUCAGUCCUCUAGAACCCAUCAUCGAUGAAGAAGAACCCGGAAGUUCCGGUCCGACAUCGCGGCCAUCACCACCAGCCAGUGGUGGCAAGUCUCGCCCCGAAAUGAACAGAACACAGAGCGGACAGUCGAUGCACAGAUACACGAGGCAGACGCCCGAGUCUGAAAAUUUCAACAAUCUGGACCCAAGUAGUUCGCCUUCAACUGAGUCAUCUUCCCGCUUUGAAUCGAUGAGCGUGCGAUCGGCUAGCAUCAGCCAUACCACGCUCGACCUAUUGAACUCCUCCCGGCUGUCCGAGGACUUGCGUUUUUACCUGAAUUACCAUCAAGAAUUCAUCUCGCACGAACAUUUCUUCUUGAGAUCCAGCAGCGACCGCUUCAUCCAUGACAGCAUUAUCGAACUGGCGAUGGGCUAUGAUCCUUUGUUAUAUGCACUGGUAGGAUUCGCCGCCUAUCUUCAUACCCUCAGUGUGCCAGGAGCAAAGCUUUAUACUUUUCUGAAAUACUAUAAUAAAGCCCUGGUUCUCUUGCGGAAAUCACUGGGCUCUGGAGAGGAGCACACGGAAGCAACAUUGUGCACCGUUCUUGUUUUGACGACUUUUGAGGAGUAUAUUGGAGACUGGGUUAACUUGAUCGAUCAUCACCAAGCAUCUCACGCAUUGGUGCGAGAAAUACUCACCCCAGAAUCCUCCAACACCGUUGAACUACACACAAAUAUCUUCCUAUGGUACGCACGCUUCGACAUCGUAGUCGGAAUCGUUGCUGGCACUGAGGCGGUCCUCCCUCGAAAUUGGUACAUCGGCAAGGAACAAUACGACGCAGAGCAAGCGGCAUUAUACCCCAACGACCCUGCGAAACAGCUCGCACUGGUUGCAUCAAUCAACCGCCGGUUCGGUUUGGAGAUGGCCUCGUUGUAUGCCAGAUUGUCGCGUGGUCUGAUUCCAAUGGACCAGUUCAUUGUCCAGAACCAGCAACUCGGCCAAACGAUGGAACGGGCGAAAAAUAUCAUCAGAGAGUUUGAUGAUUCUGAAUACACUGUCAUGUCUUAUCCGAACCAGCAGCCCUUGACUGAGGAUGACAUCGUGAAUCCUUAUGUGCCAGGCGUUCUUCAUACGGGACCACUGUGGGAUGCAAACUACGCUUGGAUCGACCUUCUCUCGACAGAAUUGAUGUUUAAGUAUCAAACGAUGCUCGCCUUGAAGCAGCCCCUACUUCCAGAACUGCAAAGCCUGGCAUUUGAACAAUGCCGACUGCUCGAAACUAUUGACCGCUGGCCGAACAAGGGUUAUGGGCACUGCAUUGGGUACAAGAAUAGCAUUGGUCUCUCCAGCAUGUUCCUUACCAAGGAUAAUAAGCACCAAAUGUGGUCUCGGCGGAAGCUGGCCAUGAUGGAACAAAAUGGCUACAUCAUCCCUCCAAAAUUCCGCGAAGCCUUAGGCGCUAUCUGGCAACUCCCCGAACUCGAACACUGGUGGCUCCCAAACGACGAAGGAUACUUUGACAUUAUCCGCGAAAUCCGCGCCCUUUCUGCAGAACGCAUGAGCCAGCCCCGAGACGAGUUCCGCGAAAAUGUGCGAGAUAUGAAGUCGAUGUUUUGGAAGCUGAAUAUGGAUGAGCAAGAUGAUGAGCACAGCCCUUCAAGUAGCCACAGUGGUCUUUAUUGA